GUUCUUCCUCGUGGGCGCGGCGGGCGGCCGAGGUUGAUCCGCGGCGAUCGAGGACGACAGCGCGGCGGCGGCGGGGCGGCAGCGGAUGGAGGAUUGGGCGUGGAGCUGCCUGCUUGUGGCGUCGAGCUUGGUGCUGUGCGCGCUGGCGUGGGAGCAGCUGGGCUACAUCCGCAAGGGCGCGCAUUUGCCCGGGCCGCGGCUGGUGAUCCCGUUCCUGGGCAAUGUGGCGGCCAUGGUGGCCGAUCCCACGGGCUUCUGGGAGCGCCAGGCGAUCCGGGCCAGGAGCAGCCCCUGGGGCCUGUCCUGGGACGUGAUCCUGGGGCGAUUCAUCCUCUUUGUCCGCGACGCGGAGCUCUCACACAAGAUCUUCGCGAAUGUCCGGCCCGAGGCAUUCCAUCUCGUGGGUCACCCAUUCGGGAAGAAGCUCUUUGGCGAGGAGAAUCUCAUCUUCAUGUUUGGGGAGGAGCACAAGGAUCUCCGGCGCCGUCUCGCGCCGCUCUUCACCUGGAAGGCGCUGGGCGUCUACGUCGCCAUCCAGGAGCGCACCAUCCGCAAGCACAUCCAUCGCUGGCUCGCCAAUUCCUCGAGCUCGAUCCACCAGCGCCCAGUGGCGAUGAGGAGCCUCUGCCGCGACAUGAAUCUCGAGACGUCCCAGGAGGUGUUCGUAGGACCAUACCUGGAUCCGCGAGCGCGCGAGCGCUUCACGCACGAUUACAACCUCUUCAACCUCGGCCUCCUGGCGCUGCCGAUCGAUCUCCCGGGCUUCGCCUUCCGCCGCGCCAAGCAGGCGGUGGAGCGGCUGGUGGCGACGCUGGGCGAGUGCGCGGCGCGGAGCAAGCGGCGGAUGAGCACCCCGGGCGAGCAGCCGGCGUGCCUCAUGGACUUUUGGAUGGCGGAGACGCUGGCGGAGAUCCGCGCCGCCAGGGAGUCGGGCUCGCCGCCGCCGCCGCACAGCUCGGACCGCCAGGUCGGGCAGCACAUAUUUGACUUCCUCUUCGCGGCACAGGACGCUUCCACCUCGUCCCUCGUGUGGGUCUGCGCGCUGCUCGAAUCAAACCCGCAAGUGCUCGGCAAGAUCCUCGACGAGCAAAGAUCUCUUCGCGGGGGAGGACGAGGAGGAGGAGAAUUUGGAUCAAACUUUGACCCCGCCACCCCGGUGGGGUCGGAGCUCCUGCGCGAGAUGAAGUACACGGAGAUGGUGGUGAAGGAGGUGCUUCGCUACAGGCCGCCGGCGACCAUGGUGCCACACAUUGCGAGCGUGGAUUUCCCCAUCACGGACUCGUACACUGUUCCCAAGGGGGCCAUCGUCUUCCCGUCGCUGUUGGAGUCGUCGUUCCAGGGGUUUAGGGAGCCGUACGCGUUCGAUCCGGAUAGAUUCUCGGCGGCGCGGCUCGAGGACGUGGCGUUCAAGCGGAACUGGCUGCUGUUCGGCGCGGGAUCGCACCAGUGUCUCGGCCAGAGGUACGCCAUCAACCAUCUCGUGCUCUUCACCGCGCUCUUCUCCAGCAUGGUCGAGUGGGAGAGGGUCCGGACGCCCGGCUGCGACGAGAUCCUCUACGUGCCCACCAUUGUCCCCAGGGAUGGAUGCCUGGUCACUCUCAGGCCCCGCCGCGGCGAUGAUGAUCGACGAGGACGGGAAGAACGAGAGAUUGAGGAGACGAGUACAGAGAGCUAGGGGAAGGUUUCCCAUUUUUUUCCACAACACAGGUUGGUUGCCGGAGAAUUCAUAGCGUGGCAUCAGGUGCCCGAGAUGGGGGCCCGAGGUGGCGUUGGAGAUGGAGUCCGAGGUGGCAUGUCAGCCUCUGGCCAUUGAUUUGUUGGUUGGUUUUAGAGGGGUACUACUAGGCACCACUGUAAUGUCCCACUUUCCUUGUGAUAUAAGAAAUAGGACCUACAUUGGGUCCUUUGCU